AUGCGCGGCCUAAAUUUACUUAUCGACCUCGCCUUGGUUGUUGGCGCGCUGGGCAAGGCGACGACUAUUAGGAAGACUGGUACAAAGCCGACUGGUUAUGAAGUUGACUUCGUGUUUACACCGAACUCCACGACUCAUGCUUCCUCUGUCCUACUCGGCGGCUUUCCCUUUUUCUCAGACUCGUUGCAUGCAUCGUUAUCAAAGACUGACGGUUACUCGCCUUAUGAGUGGGGAUCAAACAUGUUUUCAAUGCGAAUGACCCCGGACUAUGGAAACGAGGCAGGCACUCUGUCAGGACUUGAGAUGAAACGAAAUGAGAAAACCGGUGACUGGGAAGUUACUGUUCCACUGCCAUCCGGCACUUGGCUAUACGCCUAUUAUCCCAAUUGCACGACAGGGAACUGGAGGGAUUGUGACGUGUCGAUUGUAGAUCCGUCUAAUCUACCCAUUGAAGCAUUUUCAGGCGAUCAACUUCUGAGUGCUAUUCAAUUACCGUUUGAUCCUGUAUUUCAGGUCAAUGAUUACAGCUGGCAGCUGCCGCUGCAAGAUGUCUCAAAAAGAGGGAAUGUCAGCUUCCACCGGUACCCGUCUCCAGGGUCAACCUAUCCAUAUCCAAAUAUUCAUGACGUGGGGAUAUACCUUCCCAAUGAGUAUGGAAAGAUCCCAAACAAGGGAUAUCCCGUCCUGUACCUUUCCAACGGUGGUCAAGGCUCGGACUCGGAUUGGUUUCAACAGGCUCAGAUUCAUAACAUUAUUGAUCGUCUGAUCGAUAGUGGUGAACUUGAGCCUACAAUCCUUGUGACCCUUAAUUGGUAUGACCUAGGUUUUACUCUGGAGGAAUAUCAGACAAAUGCGACGCUCCAAGCGGAAUAUCUAGAUGUUGUCGGAUAUUCUCGUUUUUUCAACAAAGUGCGUGAGAACCUUUUCUCCUAUUUGAUGCCCUGGGUAGAUGCCAACUACGCGGUAUCAAACUCUUCGUCUCGCCGCGCAUUUGGUGGCCUCGCCCUCGGUGGGACUCUCACCUACGCUAUGCUUUUCAAUGCGACCGACUACUUCUCUUCCUACUGUGUCAUGUCACCCACCCCCGGUCCUAAUGGCUGGGAUGGUCAGUAUGAUGCUUCUUUCAACCCAGAUUUACGCAAUGUCGGAAUUAUUACUGGGGCUGGAUUCUAUGACACGACAUUUAAUGCGGCGCGCGAUUGGGAGACAACGUUGGCUGAGCAGAACGUAACUUACCUGAGCCACUACAUCAUGAAUGGCGCGCAUCAAUGGAGCACCUGGCAGGAAAUCGCAUACAUAUACCUAAGGGAGGCAUUGUGGAAGCCUGUCCCAUAUGGCAGGAAGACGAGCCUUAAGCAGUUUAACUCUCUGCCACUGAGCGACUUUUGA